UGGUUUGCGGAGCUGCCAAUCAAAGCAGACAUCCUCUCCUCAGGCUGUGGCUACGAAACAUCUCAGUUGCUGUGUGGAGAGAUUUGACGGAGGGACACUCCUGUACAUGGACCAUCACUGCGCUGCAAUCCGCCGCCUGCUCACACACACACACGCACACACACACACACACAGACGCAUGUAAUGCCUCGGUAAAAUCUGGACAGAACGCGCUGGAGAAAGCACGCAUGUGAUUAUUUUAUUUUUGCAUGUCAGGAGAGGAGGAACUAGACGCCGGGUUCGCGGCUGUUUGUCUUCUCUUAUCGCUUCUCACCCCGUAUGUCACUCUAAUUAAUCGGAGGCAUGUGGAAUCGCACCAGGAUUAGGAAUUGCUUCCCAAUAGUGUGCCUGCUGUUGACGUUAUGGACGGAGGUGUCCCAGUCAACCGGCUAUUUCGAGCUGCAGUUGAUCUCCGUGGAGAAUAUGAACGGCGAGUUGGCGGACGGGGAGUGCUGCGACGGCUCCAGGAGCUCCCAGGACCAGCGCUGCACUCGAGAUGAGUGCGACACUUACUUCAAGAUCUGCCUGAAGGAGUACCAGAUGGAGGUCACAACCACCGGCACCUGCACGUUCGGGGCUGGAUCUACACAAGUUCUCGGUGGAAAUAUGUUUUCUAUUAAAAGCGCGAAGAACAACCAGAAUAAAGUCGACGAUGCUGGCAAGAUAUUGAUCCCCUUCCAGUUUGCCUGGCCGCGGACGUACACGUUGAUCGUCGAGGCCUGGGACUGGGACAACACCACCACACGCACCAGUGAGGUGGAGCUGCUGAUCGAACGCAGCGUUCACACCGGUAUGAUCAACCCCGGUGACCCUUGGAAGACCAUCAAGCACGACGGGCCGGUGGCUCGGCUCAUCUACCGCAUCCGAGUGCGGUGCGACGAGAACUACUAUAGCAGCAAGUGCAAUAAGCUGUGUGUACCUCGUGACGACUACUUUGGCCACUAUCGCUGCGAGCCUUCAGGGGCCCAGGUGUGCCUGGAUGGCUGGAUGGGUCCAGACUGCAGGACAGCGAUUUGCAAGCAAGGCUGCAACCUGUUACAUGGCAGCUGCUCUGUCCCAGGGGAAUGCAAGUGUAGCUACGGCUGGCAGGGCCAAUUCUGUGAUGAAUGUUUGCUUUAUCCUGGAUGCGUCCACGGGACCUGCAACACCCCCUGGCAGUGCAUCUGCGAGAGGAACUGGGGCGGCCUGCUAUGCGAUAAAGAUCUGAAUUACUGCGGUCGCCACCAUCCUUGUGUCAACGGAGGAACCUGCAUGAACACAGAACCAGACGAGUACUACUGCGCCUGUCCACAGGGAUACUCCGGCAAGAACUGUCACAUCGCCGAACACGCCUGUGUUUCCAGUCCUUGCGCCAACGGUGGUACAUGCUAUGAGCUUCCCACGGGCUUCGAGUGCCAGUGUCCACCGGGCUGGGAGGGUCCGACAUGUGCCAACAAUUUGGACAAGUGUGCCUCCGGUCCGUGUGCUCACGGUGGAACCUGUAUCGACCUGGAGGAUGGCUUCAAGUGUGUGUGCCCUCCACAGUGGGAGGGAAAGACCUGCCAGAUAGAUGCAAAUGAGUGUGCAGGAAAUCCCUGUGUGAACGCUCGCUCUUGCAAAAAUUUGAUUGGCGGCUAUCACUGCGUCUGUUUUCGGGGAUGGUCCGGACAAAACUGUGACCUCAACAUCAAAGACUGCCACGGCCAGUGCCAGAACGGAGCAACAUGCAAGGAGGGCCCGAGGGGUUACCACUGCCAGUGUCCUCCAGGUUUUGUUGGCACUCACUGUGAAAUCCAGAGGAAUAAGUGUGCCAGCCAGCCAUGCCAGAAUGGCGGCCAGUGUCACGCAGUGUUGGACGGCUUCGUGUGUCAGUGCCCACCAGAGUUUGCAGGACUGCUGUGUGAGAUCUCUAGCUGGUCUCCCUCAGAUGCCUGUGAUCCAAACCCGUGUGAGAACGAGGCCAAGUGCUACAGCAUGGACCAGGACUUCUACUGCGCGUGUCCUGAAGGCUACGAGGGAAAGACUUGUGAACAACUCAAAGAAAACUGCCAAACCACACCGUGUCAAGCCAUUGACAGUUGCACUGUUGCCAUAGCAACCAACGACUCGGCCGGAGUGCGGCACAUCUCCUCCAACGUGUGUGGCUCACGAGGACGCUGCAUCAGCCAGCCAGCGGGAAACUUCACCUGUGUGUGUGAUCCGGGUUUCAGUGGCAUCUACUGUCACGAGAAUAUUAAUGACUGCAUCAACAACCCCUGUGGAAACGGAGGGACCUGCAUCGAUGGAGUGAACUCCUUUCAGUGCUUCUGUCCCGACGGCUGGGAGGGUCGACUCUGUGACCUCAAUGUCAACGAGUGCAAACACAACCCGUGUAAGAAUGGCGGACGCUGUGUCGACCUGGUGAACGACUUCUACUGCGAGUGUGCCGACAAUUGGAAGGGCAAGACCUGCCAUUCCCGUGAAAGCCAGUGUGACGCAACCACUUGCAGCAAUGGAGGCACCUGCUACGACCACGGGGAUGUCUUCCGCUGUGCCUGCCCACCUGGAUGGGGAGGAAACACGUGCAACACAGCCAAGAACAGCACAUGUGCCUCCAGUCCUUGUUCCAAUGGUGGAACCUGUGUGGGAGGAGGAGACACCUUCACCUGCAUCUGCAAAGAGGGCUGGGAAGGCCCCACCUGCGGACAGAAUAUUAAUGACUGCAACCCUCAUCCAUGUUACAAUGGUGGCAUCUGUGUGGAUGGAGUCAACUGGUUUCGGUGCGAGUGCGCUCCUGGUUUCGCCGGACCAGACUGCCGAAUCAACAUAAAUGAGUGCCAGUCUUCACCCUGUGCUUACGGUGCCACCUGUGUGGACGAGAUCAACGGUUUCCGCUGCAUCUGUCCGCUUGGUAGGACAGGAACCCGAUGCCAAGAGUUCAUAGGUAUUGGGAAGCCUUGCCACUAUGCUGGGCUGCAGUUUCCCCACAACAGCCGCUGGGAGGAAGAGUGUAACAGCUGCCAUUGCAUCAAUGGCAAAGUGGACUGUACGAAGGUGCUGUGUGGUCGUCGUCCCUGCCGGCUCCAGCCAUCAGGCCGGGACCGGAGACAGCAGUCUUGCCCGGCUGGACAAGAGUGUCUGGAGCACAGCUACCUCACAUGCUUUUCUCCCCCUUGCCAUGAGUGGGGCGUUUGUUCCAUGGCUGGACCCUCACCUCCACAAGUAACCACCAAGUGCCAGCCAAAUAGCGGGCACUUGGACAACAGCUGUGGCCGCAUAACACUUGUUUUCAACAGAGACAAAGUACCACGGGGAACAACAGUGGAGAACAUCUGCUCUGAGCUCAGGUAUCUUCCUGACACCCGAAGGCUGGCAAAAGACCAUGCCCUCCUCCUGCUCUGUGACCUCUCUCAUUCAAAUCAGGACGCUGUAGAUGUGGCUAUAUCUUUCCAACCUGAGGAUCUAACAGACCACAGUCUGAUCCAUGAGGCAGCCAGCGCCAUUGUGGGCACCUUGUCCAAGCGGCACAACAGCACCAUCAUGCUGGCAGUCAUUGAGGUCAAAGUGGAAACACAGAUCAUGACCUCCUCAGUGGACUACUUGGUGCCUCUGCUGUGUGUGGUCUUCUGCUUGCUCUGCCUCUUCUGCAUCAUCGUAUGUAUUUGGUGGACACGCAAACGGAGAAAAGAGCGCGAGAGGAACAUACGGUCGGCGGCCGAUGACAGCGUUAACAACCAGUGGGAGCCUCUUCGGCUCGUCGUGGGACGUCAGCAGCAGCAGCAGCUGAAAGAGAGCAACAGGGAGGCUGAGCAGGAACGCAAAAAGCUCAUGGGCCCCUCCUAUCGGACGUGUGAGGGGGAGGAAGAGGAGGAGGGGGAGGAAGAAACGGAAGGCGAGCUUGAGCUCGAGGAGGAGGAGUGUGGUGGAGCAGAGGCGGGAAAGCAGCCAGUUAGUAAGUACUGUAAGACUGCAGUGCAGUCCGGCGGAGGAGUGAUCUGUACCACGCACAGCUCCAGUUCACCCCUCAAAGCGCCCCACCGGACCCCAGGCUACAGCCCCAAAGACAACCGCUGGAAAAAUGUCAGCGCCGCCUUGACUGGUCAGAAAGACCUCAGAGACCAUUGUGUAUAAGAAAUUUAAACAAAGGACUCGCAGUGUGGAAGCGAGAGAAGCUGCAAGGCAGCGACUAUUCUUAUUUUUGGAAGAAGAGGCUUUGUGUUUCAAUAAGCCGUUCUUUGCUUUGUGUAUUCAUGUUUUUGUCACUGUCACCUGAAAAGAUUUUUGAUUCAGGAGGCUCGAGCACAGUGAACAUCCUUUUUUGCUUCUGUUCACUUUUUUUUUUUAAUUAUGUACAAAAGGAGCUGAAAUGUAACAGUUAUUCAGAAGGCAAAAGAAGCUCUCACCAAUUUUUGUUUGUGGAAUUAUACCUUUAAAGAAACGACGAAUCAUGGAAAAGGAGAAAAAAUAAACAAUCUGUAUAAAGUUCUUUUUGUUUGUUUACAAAUGGUUAUGAUCUUGUUAAAUUGUCUGCAGGUUCCUGUUCAUUGUCUGUGUGUGGGGGCGCAGAUACACAUUAAAGGGACAGUAAAGGAAGAGUUUUGAGGGAAAUGGACUCUUGCAGCCACAGUGAAGGAGAAAAAGCCUCCCUUUGCUCGCUCUCUUUCCGGCUUUGCCCACCAAUCCACCUGUGGCCAUCAUGCGCAAGCCUUACCAAAACACUUGGCCUGGAGGGGAGAGUGGGACAGAAAUCCCAGUGCCUACUAUGUGGCCUUCCAUUUUUUUCUCCUGUCUCUCAGUUGUCUCGGCUGAAAGCUCCGUUUGAGGAUUUUUUGCAGUAUUUGAGUUGGUAGCAAGUGCCUUUCUAAGAGCUGCGUCAAGGCUCCGAGUCGCGCUGCCCAGUUUGACCUCCUUGUUCUCAAAUCUCAAAGGGAUGUAAGUGUACAUUUAAAGAGUUCAGUUUCACAGCAACGCCAUUCAAGGUAUUUGAUCAAAACAGAAAUUAAUACUCUGUAUAUAUAUAUAUGUAGAUACUAAAGGAGUCGCUGUGUAUAUUUGAAAUAAGUAACUUAAAGACAAGUCACACAUUUUUAUUAUUAUUAUUAUUGUUAUUGUUAUUAUUAUGAUUAUUUUUAUUUUUUUUUACAAUGCCAUUCCUUUUAUUUAUGCCAGUUCAAAUAGGCACGUUUUAUAACACUUCAUAUUCUGAGUCCCGCAGUUGAGAAUCUUUACAAUGAGGUACCACCUAUGAAGGAAUUUCUGAAGGGUUUAUAUAUGGUUUGUCCCGACGAUGCAUUUUUUUUCUUUUGUGAUUGUCACAUGUGUGGUUAUGGCUUUGACUUUAUUGCUUUUUAGUUUGUAAUUCAACCUCCAGAUGACCUAUUUGCAAAGCUAUCUGCUGUCCAGCAUUACUAGAUCUGUUCUCAAUCUUUGAUUUUCUACUUUGGAUGUAAAUAAUUUUUUUUUCUUUUUUUUGCACUUAAUUUCCUAUUUGAAGAUUUGAAGAAAACCUGUGUUGGUAUUCGGAAGAUGUAAUUAAUAAUUGGUAUUUCAUAACUGUGUAACACAACCGACAACAUCUCUGACAUGGUCGGACUGUAGCCGAUCAGGCAGAAAAUGGCUUCCGUUCUGCUCUUUCCAUACAGAAACAUCUAAGAAAGUUGCUGCUCUGACUGCUUCCUCAGUCAGUGAACGUGACCUUUGACAUCACAAAUAGGGGCAGGGCCAGAACUGUGAUUUUCUUGAUUUUUCUGCCUGUUGAAAGCUGAGCAGAGGUUUUCUUCUACAUUAUUUGACCCAGUUUUUACUACCCAUUUGACUUUCUUUCUCGUUUGUAACUUGCUUUCUAUUAGAGGUAUCACGGAUUGUGGUUGUUUAACCAGGAUUUGCUUAUUUUGGUGAGCGGCGUUGCAAAACUGCCAACAUUAUAGCCUUAAACAGUUCUCAAACCAUUUCUAAACCCAUCACAAACCCUUUUGUUUCAGGUGCCUUAAUGUAAUGAGUAAUGUGUUAUUUGUGUAAUCAGUGGUCAUCUUUUUAUGUUGUGGGUUUGUUUUCAUUAUUAAGGAAAGUAACUCUUUAAAACAUUGUGUGGUGUAUAGCGGCGUGUUUUAUUCGCCUGAGUAAAGUGCUCUCCUUGUCUCACUUUGCUAUCGCGGGGAUUCCUGGAAUAAAACCCUUGACGGAGGAUUUAUAAAGAAAAAAAGAAAAAGCAACAGCAGUCCACCGUGGCACUUCUGAGUGUCAUGAAUGUGGGUGUUAGUUGGUCAAACGUGGGAAUCAUGCAUUAGCUUCAUGUUUGGUUUAAAGGCUUUAAUGAAGGGAACAAAUUUGCAGAUGUUUUUGCUACCAUCCCGAUGUGUUUUAGGUUACCGACUCAGUUCAAAGUUACCCCUUUUUCAUACCAUGUCACUGUCUCAGAAUGCCAUCUUAUUUUCUGUAAAUGGGACACAGCAAAAUAAAGAAUUAAAGAUGCAUCACUGCUGGUGUUAAAAGCUGUAUAUGCAUAUUCUAUACAUUUUAUUCUACAAGGGACAUGAUUUUAUACAAAGUGAAAAGGUUUCCUUUAUCUGAGAGGAUGUCCGAUUGUCCUAACUAAUCGUCCCAGUUAUUUAUUAAAGCAGUUUUGACACAUCUUGA